AUGUCGUUGGAAGCCAUCGUUUUUAAUAGAUUGGAGCCAGAAAAGGUUUCGGUGGAGGUACUCGAUCAACUUCUUUUACCAUAUACUACUAAAUACGUUCCAAUUUACACAAUCGAUGAUGGCUACUCAGUUAUCAAAAGUAUGCAAGUAAGAGGUGCUCCAGCAAUUGCAAUUGUGGGUUCCUUAUCUGUUUUGACUGAGAUACAAUUGAUAAAACACAAUCCAACUUCUAAUAUUGCCACACUGUAUUCAUUGGCUGAUUGGGAAUCUACGAAAAGAGUGCUAAAUAAGAGACUAGAUUUCCUUUUAAGCAGUAGGCCAACAGCGGUUAAUUUAUCCAAUUCUCUUGCAGAGAUAAAAAACAUAUUAAAAUCUUCAGAUAACCCCGAAGCUUUUGACGGUAAUUUAUAUAGUUAUGUCUGCAAGUUAAUCGAUGAGGAUUUGGCAAAUAACAUGGAAAUGGGUGAUAACGGGGCUAAGUACUUGAUUGAUAUGCUACAAAAGGAUGGUUUCAGUGACGAAUUUGCCGUUCUGACGAUUUGUAACACUGGAUCCUUGGCAACUUCCGGAUAUGGAACGGCUUUGGGCGUUAUCCGUUCUUUGUGGAAGGACUCGCUAGCUAAAACUAACAAAACAAGUUCAGAAUUGGACAGUGAAAAACUUCCCAAGAUGGGCCAUGUAUUCCCACUGGAAACUAGACCUUAUAAUCAAGGGUCAAGGCUAACAGCGUAUGAACUAGUUUAUGAAAAGAUUCCAUCAACUUUAAUUACAGACAGUUCCAUCGCGUAUAGAAUCAGAACUAGUUCAAUUCCAAUCAAAGCAGCAUUUGUUGGAGCUGAUAGAAUUGUUCGCAAUGGGGAUACAGCGAAUAAAAUUGGUACUUUGCAACUUGCUGUAAUUUGUAAACAGUUCGGAAUUAAGUUUUUUGUAGUAGCUCCCAAAACAACUAUCGAUAAUGUAACCGAAACUGGUGAUGACAUUAUUGUGGAAGAACGUAACCCUGAGGAAUUCAAAGUAGUCACUGGUACAGUAGUUAAUCCUGAAGAUGGUUCCUUGAUCUUAAACGACUCUGGGGAGCCAAUCACGGGAAAGGUCGGUAUUGCCCCUCUUGAAAUUAAUGUCUGGAAUCCGGCCUUCGACAUCACUCCACAUGAGCUUAUUGAUGGAAUUAUCACAGAAGAAGGUGUAUUUACCAAAGAUUCCAACGGUGAAUUUGAGCUAGAAAGCCUUUUUUAG